GGCCUGCGACUCCCCAACAUACGAUUGACAUCAGACCCUGCAGGCGGCUGGUAAAAAGGCGCCCGCCCAGCUCUUCCCACCCUGCGCAAGGCCGUCCAAGUCGCGUUUGCGCGACACCUCUGACAAAUGGACGCGUCUCCCUGGCUCCGCUCCAUCCUCGCGCGAGAAGACUGCGUCAAUAACGCCAACACCAACACCUGCGAGAAGCCCGCCGCCUCCUCGAAACUCACCAUCGCCAUCGUCGUCGGCAUUGGCGCCCUCUUCGCCCUCGUAACCGUCAUCGUCCUCGUCUACCUCCACUUCCGCCGCCGCCGCCUCGACCGCCGCGAAGACGCCCUGGACCACGAGCUGUCCGACUACGACGACGACGCCGACGUCAUCCGUGGCCGGCCGCCCCCGCCGCCGCACUACCAGCAGCGGCAGGGCCCGAAGAAGCCCGCCGGCGCGCACCCCCGGGGUGUCGACUACUUUGAGCAGUCGGACGAGAGCGUCAUCAGCGGUGGUGGUGGCGGUGGGCCGGGGAGGUCGCCGCCGCGGGUGAGGGGUGGUGGUGAUGGGCAGUAUGGGGAGGGGUUGGAUCGGAGGUAGGGUUAAUUGGCUUAAGGGGGGGAGUUGCUCUUGCUUUGCUCUUGCGGGAUGGCAGGCCCGCGGGUAUCAUAAUGGGUGAAUAUU